AUGCGCUCCCACGCCCCGCCCCGCCCGCACCCGCCGUCCGACCCGCCCGCGCGCAAGGUCUUCAACUGCAUCGUCGACGAGACGGCUUUUGUGGCCGGCGUCAAGAAGAGCACCCGCGAUGGCAUCCGCAAGUGGAUCAACAACGGCUCGAUGCGCCUGUUUGUGCCGCUGUACACCCUCGAGCAGGUCGAUCGCCUGAAGCGCGCCGGCGGCAAGACCAGCGCCGAUGCCACCGAGGCCCUGAUGUGGCUCGACGAUGUCACGUCGCUGCCCGAAGUCCACCAGGCCGGCCUCGUCCAGCUGCAGGGCGGCGACGAAAUGUAUACCAGGUGGGCAGACGUCGAGGCUUUCCUGCUGCCCGAGACGCUGCUCUCCAUGCCCGAAGAGGUCGAUGAGCCCAGCGACGACGACUCGCCCGACACCAAGACCCCCGAGUCGCCGCGCUCCGUCGCUUCAAACGCGCGCACCAACAAAACCAACGGCACCACCAACGGCAAGCACCACCGCGCUAAAUCCACUGUGCCCCCGGCCAUGCAGCCCUUCUUCAACCACCUCAUCUGGCGCAUUCACCACGAGCAGAACCCAAACUUCCCCGCCGAGUCCUUCAUCCUCCUCACCAACGACCCCAAGAAACAAGCCAUCGCCCAGCGCUUCAGCGUGCGCGCCAAACGCCUCGAGCAGAUGCGUGACAUCAUAGGUCGCGAGGAGCGUGACUACAAGAACCGGCAGGCCUUCCUCAAGCGCGAGGAGAAGGAGGAGAAGACACUCAAGGUCGAAGCGGAGGAAAAGGACGCCUCCGAUGACGAGGAGGAAGACGAGGUCGUCUUCAAGUCGCGCGGCUCCUCCGUCUCGCGCCCCAAGUCCGGCCAGCAGCAAGUCCUGGACCCGGACGACUUUGGCCGCUCGCGCGCCGUUGCGCCGCCCGUCGCUCCCGCAGCGCCUGCUGCCCCGCGCGGUGGUCGCGGCGGUGGUCGUGGCGGCUUCAGAGGCGGCCGUGGUGCCGCGUCUGCUGCUGCUCCCAGCACGCCCCGUGGCGGCGGAGGAGGUGGCAGAGGCGAAGGCACCCCGCGCCCCGCGGAGCCGCCCUCCGGCCCCAUCGAUCCCGACUCGUUCACGCGUCCGGCGCCAGCGGUGCGCACACUCCGUGGCGGACGCCGCAAACUGUGGGAGCCGGCGUAG